AUGGCGGAAGAGCGAGAUUUGGUCCAUCUUAACCGUUUGAAAUGCUUCAACGAUGCUGUCUUUGCCAUAGUGUCAACCAUUUUGAUUCUUCCCAUUCGAAGACUGGAAUUAAAUUCUGAUACUGACCUGAAAGGGGAGCUUGAGGACCGAUGGGGGCAACUUCUUGUGUACUUCUUUGCCUUUCUUGUCAUUUGUGCCGUCUGGGAAUCGCACGUGCAUCGCUUCAAGAUUCUCUCUCAUAUUGACGAUGUUUCAAUUUGGUUAAAUCUCACGUCUCUGAUGUUCACUUCGUUUUUGCCCUUCACUUGCGCCUUGGAGGGAAAAUAUCCCAAGAAAUAUCUACCCAUUGUGUUGAUUUGCGUUGACAUGUUGAUCCUUGAAGUUCUAGAAGUGAUUAUGAUAUGGUAUUCGUUUCGUCAGAGUGAUCUUCUAAAAGAGGAACUUCAGGAGCUACCUGAAGAGCAACGUAAGGAACGCAGAGACUAUAUGCUAGCGAAAAAACUUCUCAACCUAUUGUUGUAUGUGCUAGCUGCUUGCUUGAGUAAUGUCAAUACCAUCUCCGCUUGGGUGUUAAUCUCCAUUGUCAUAGUCACGCCAUGCAUACAUCGAUUUAUUGGAAUUGUUUUUCGAAAGUGCAAGGCGAUCCGCAUGCCUGGAGCUGAUUUUGAUCUUAUGUUUGGCAACUACAUUGAUACAGAACGGGUGGAAUGUUUCAGCGAUGGGGUAUUCUCCAUUGUUGCAACAUUGCUGGUGCUGGAUAUAACUACAGAAAAUUUCCCUAAAGAAGCAGAUGUCAAGAAAAAUGGAAUUGACAAAACUGUUCUGGACAUGUGGCCCAAGUUCCUUGUUUACAUAGCAACAUUCAUUGUAAUUGCCUUCUUGUGGUUCGUACACCAUUCUCUGUUCCACUGCAUCAGAAGAAUGAAUCAAAUAAUGUUAGUUGCCAACAACAUUUCCUUGGCCUUCGUUGGCUACUUUCCCUUCCUUGUAGCCAUUUUCAACAAAUAUGUUGUCGACCCCAAAAAGCUUGAUGCUGACACAAAGCUGGCUGUGCAGUGUGGUUCAGUGGCCAUAUUUUUUGCAAGUUUAUCGCAAGCAGUUGUAUUUAUUGUCGCACUGUGGAAAGGAUCCUCCCACCUGGAACCCAGAGCAAGCCCAUCCAUCUCAAGAAACAGUCAUUGCUAUCUGGCACUCAAACUUACCAUCAUACCACUCGUGAGUCUGUUUGGGUACUGCAUCACAUUUGCUGACUAUACAGCAAUAUAUAUUGCUUUUCACACUGCAGUGUUCAUAACACCCUUUUUGUUCCUGGCACUGAAAAUAAUAUUUGGCCGUAGAGAGAUAGGUGUAAUGAGACAUGAUAUCAUAAUAGAUGCUGAUACCGACACCUGGGUCCCUCCCCCGCACAGGAGUAGGCUGAGGGUUCAGAAGAAAGGUGUAGGUGACACUAUCCUGGCAGAUACCCUGGCAGUUUAA